AUGGUGUCUUGUGAAAGGAGGGCAAGUGGAAGUGUAAAGCAAAAUUUGCUUUUGGAUUUUGUUGAUACUUGCAGACCAGCCCACAGAAGGAUGAACAGCAACGAAAUCCUUUCUGGCAAUCUUCCUGGGAUGCACACCGGAAUCAAGAUCUGUAAGAAGCAACCCAGCAUAGAUCUAUGUAUCCACCGCUGUUCAUAUUUCCAAAAGUGUGAAGCAAAUAACAUAUGCUGUUCAGCCUUCUGCGGGAACGUUUGCAUGAGCAUCCUGUGA